CGUGUUUACCCGCGGUGCAUGUCGGGGCGGUCUCCUUUGGCAACGCAGGCCCUCCGGCCGCCCCGUGGUGAUGCCGCGAGGACGCGGUGGCCGUGGCGGGGACGGUGGCGCGAGCCAUGCCCCUGCCGCCUCCGCGCACUUGGCGAGCCCCGACUACUACGAAAGGGUGGGCUGGCUCCAGCAGGCGCUGCGGGACAGUGAAAAGAAGAGGUUGGAGUUGGAAAACAAGCUUUAUGAAUACAACAGGUCUGAUAAGUGCAGGGCUAAGCUGAAAUGUGCAAAACUAAAGAAAUAUUUGGAAGAAAUAAGUGACUCUGAAAGGAGGGCUCAUGUUCGAAACCAAGGUUACUUAAAGAGAUUCGAGCGUGUCCAGACUUACGUUGAACGGUUGGCCCCAAAUACAGAGAAGCUUCAAAAACUGAAGACCGAAUAUGAGGCUGAAAUGAAGAAGAUGCGCUUACUGUCAAAAGCCAUCCCGGGAGUGAAAGAUGAAGACAGAGCAAAGGAUGCAGUGCAGGCAGGAAUUAACUCAAGGACAGCCAUGUCAAGAGGAUUGUAUCAACCAGCAACAAUCUUCAUGGGCCGCCAGAUGUCAGCCAUCUCAAGCAUUGAAGAUUUCAGCACAGAGCAGAAAUCUAACCAACCCACAAAGAACUUUUUAAUCCCUGACCCACAUUCACCCCAACAGACAGCCCAGAGCAGCUGUGUGACAGACAGCUGUGUAGUACAAACUACUAGUGACACACAGUGCUCAAAUAAGUCUGACAAAAUAGAUGGAAAGGCAUCUCUUCAGAUUGGUGAGAAAACGCCAGUCACAAGCUGUGUAUUGUCUGAGAAAGAACAAACUCAUUGCCUGGAGAUAGGGAGCAGCACACGUCACAGCGAGAGUAAUUCAUCUGAAGGCAGAAAGUCUGCUGAACCCCAUUCCUCGGCACGGGAAAGAUUAAGUCCCGAGAACAGAACCACUGAUUUAAAGUGUGACAGCUCCAGCAGAUCAGAGGGAUCAGACGGAGCAAUACUGACACGGGAACAUAUUGAAGUCGGGGAAGAAAGCGCCAGCCCGCCAGUCCCCGUGCUAUCAGUCUCAGAACACCGUGCAUCUGCACAUAAGUGGGCGGGAGAGAAGCAUGCUCCUUGGGAAGGUUUCACAGAUGAUCUUGCCCAUGGGGACGCAGAGUCACAAAAGGCCUUCUUAAAACUGCAGGAAGAGCAGGAGGAGGAAAGUCUGUGCAGCAGCGACGACCUCACAGUUUCUAUAAGUGAUGAUGAUCUGAUUUUAGACCAUCUGGAGUCACUGCCAAAUCUACGAGCCAAGAGGGAGGUGGCACAGUCAGUCUGCACUGAGCAGCUGAGAGACGCACUUGUCACUGGCUGUGGUUUGCAGACCCAAAGCUUUCCUGAGUCAGGAGCGGAAUCCUCCCCGGCCUCACCAAGACUAACUGAACAGGAACCAGAUCGGCGCUUACUGAAGACCCAAGAGCAGUGUGUGAGGGAGCAUGACAGCUCUCUUAGAGAAGAGGCAACAGCACUGAGAAAAGUCCUUAAGGAAGACUGUGGCCACAGGGCGGCUGUUGGCAGUGACGGGUCAUCUUGCAGCACGCCAUCGGUUCUGAAUGACAGUAAUGCAACAAAAGAAGCAAAGCCUGCUCUGCGGCUCAACAGUGUCCUUACAGAGGAGCAAGGACACAGAGAGGCGGAGGUGGUACCCUCAGAGCUGUUUCAGUUCAGCUUGGGAGCAGCCAUGAAAGAAACAAAAGCCUACCAGUUACUGAAGAAGUCCACUCUUCAGGAUAAUUCAGAUGAAACAGAAGAGAGAUUUGAAAGUCAGUUUUCAUGUUUGGAUAUUGGCAGCAACACGUUCAAGACAAAGACAGCCCACAAAGUCGCCUCGGAAGCUAGUUUUUCAUCUAGUGAAGGAAGUCCUUUGUCAAGGCAUGAAAGCAAAAGGGACCCAGUGACCACUAUAAAGUCGAAUGCUUUCUGGGGAGAGUCUGAUGACAGCAACUCUGAAAUCGAAGCUGCCCUGCGCCCUAGAGACCAUGACAUGUCUGAUGAUUUUGAUGAUUGUUAUGACACAUAAGCUGCUACAUGCUAGAAAUAAAGUCUUCAGACAAACUGCCACUGUGCUUCUGUGUAAUUCCCAAC